CCUUCUCAAACCUACAAUGGCAGAGCACUUUUAUCUCAUUCAAUAAUAGCGUACAAAAUUUAAGUUUUGUUUAAAAACAUUGGUUUUUUCCAACUCCAAAUUCUAAAACCAUGAUUAAGGCCAAAUUCUGGGACAUCGGAUAUUUUGUGCUGCUGACAUGGAUGCAUGUGUGCUCAGUUCUACAGCCUGUGGUCGAGGCACAUGCCAAUUUCAAAUCGGUUUACCCUUCAGUGGAUCGUAGUCUAAUGCUCCAAUUAAGCUACACCUAUAGUCCCUGGAUUCUGGUCAAGGCGACGAUGUAUUCGCUGCUGGUAAUGAUCGGUCUUUGGUAUAGUAGGCAACUGCAAACUAAUGACGGGCAGGAAUCGGAGGAAAAAAGGGACAUUCCAAAGGCUCCUGAACCCAAAACAGCCAAUGAGGUGAAAAAUGUGUGGCUCAGUCGAAAUACUCAGGGUUCCGGAACUGAAUUGGGACCAUUUCCGAUGAAGAACUUCCUUCUCUUUGCCAUGCCCUGGUUAUUGACUUUCGUGGCCAGCGGAUUGAUUAACUAUCUUCGCUUUUAUAUGGUGAUUCAGCAUUUUUGCAUUUCCAACUGGAGGGCCAUUCAGCUAUAUGGAGAACUGCAGGUGCUCUUUUUGCAUCGCUUUUUGGCAGUGGCCUGGUUACAAAUAACAAGAGGAGGAGGAGGAGCAUCUAGCCUGCCGGAAAAUUUUAUUAAUUUUGAAACCCAUCUGUUGGACUGAGCAUGGUACUUUGGCUUACGUUUUGUAUUGUUGGAAAAAAUAAAUUAUAUAAGUUAUGGUUCUUU